AUGUACGCACAAGGACAAGCUUUAAGCAACCAAGUGAGUUGGAUAAAUGCAUUUCUUCCACGAACUGGCCCGUGUGUUUUGAAUGAUGACGGUAUGAAUUGCACUGAAGCAGGUUAUUACGAGACUGUCCAAUGUGACGCAAACGGCUGCUUUUGUGUAGCCGCUCACAACGGCUUGGUCGCCUACGACACUCGCACGGAUAGCAAUAGGAUCGCACCAAGAUGCUCAAGCUGCCAUUACGCCCUGAAACGCAUAUUUGCCGCAGGUGAUCCACCGAAAAACACAUUCAUACCCAAGUGUGAUGUGUCAUUAGGAAACUAUGAGCCACUGCAGUGUGAUGCAAGGCAAGAGUACUGCUAUUGUGUUGACCCUGUCACUGGUAGGGAAUUACCAAAUACGAGGAAACGAAAGGAGAAAAAUCAACGAAUAAAAUAUUUUUCUCUCGAUCCAGCUUUGUCUACACCCGAGGUCUCCCGACCACAAGAACGAUAUCCAGUAGGGAAGGAAAGCUGUAAAUUAGACCGCCACAGAGGAAGAACGUGCCCUGACGCAAAACCCUCUAUUAGAUACUACUUCGACUAUCAGACAUUCGCUUGUUUGGCAUUUGAAUACCUCGGUUGCGGCGGCAAUGAGAAUAACUACAGAACCUCCUCGGAUUGCUCCUUUGACUGUAAACUUCAAGACCUCUCGGGGUGCGGUGGAAUGUAUCCGGCAAGAGCAUUAGGACAAUUUAGAUGCUCCUGCCCGCCCUUCUACUUUGGCUCCACCCAAAAACACUUUCUUCGGCUUUUGCUGCAGCAAGAUGGUUGGCAAGAAACACGGUUUGGUAAAUCAUGUAAAGAUCGCUUCUGUCCAGCGAAUUACACUUGCCAAGAUGCCACCAUUUUUUCAUAUUGCUGCUAA